CGCUGGGAGCGCAGCGCGGGCAGCGGCCGGGCCGGGGCGGGCACCGGCGGCUCGGCCAUGGUGGGGCGGCUCAGCCUGCGGGAGGUGCCCGACCUCCCGGACAUGAGGAAGCGGGGCGACUCCGGCCUCGACAGCCCCGACUCCGGGCUGCCCCCCAGCCCCGGCCCGGCCCCGCCGCCCUGGCUGCUCCCCUCGGGCAGCCCCGAGCGCGCCGCAGCCAACGGGCUCCCGGAGCCCGAGCCGCCCGCAGCCUCCGCAGCGAGUUCUGUGUUUUCCCCCAGCCCCGUUCUCUCCAGCUGUCCUCCAAGACUGUGUCCUUUAUCCUUUGGCGAAGGAGUUGAGUUUGACCCUUUACCACCAAAGGAAAUAAGGUACACGAGCUCGGUGAGGUACGACUCGGAGAAGCAUUUCAUCGCCGACGUGUUCCUGCCGGUGGGGCUGAGCGUGGCGGCCUGCAGCCAGACCAUCGUCUGCGUCCCCGACUGCUCCUGGCGCAGCUACAAGGCCGAGGUGCGCCUGGAGCCUCGCCACCGGCCCCGGCGCUUCACCAGCACCACCAUCAUCUACCCCAAGCACGCCAAGACUGUCUACACCACCACGCUGGACUACAACUGCCGCAAGGCCACGCGCAGGUUCCUGUCCAGCGUGGAGCUGGAGACCUCGGAGUGCCUCGGCGCCGAGUGCGGCCCUGACGGCUGCUGACCGCGGCCACCCUCCGGCCCGCGCCCGUCCCUGGGACUGUGCAAGCUGCACUUGCCAAAAGCAGGUGCAGAACUUCUCCCUCAGCUCUCAGCUCCUGCUCUCCAAGCGUCACGACGGCCCCGGGCGCCGUUUUCUGUGGGAACGUAAUUUAGCGAGGGAUUUGUGAUUUGUCUCUUCGCCUCCCAAAUGCCGUGAGCUCCCUCCCCUUCCCCGCAGUGGAGAUAACGGGAAGGGCUUUCCCUUACCUGGACAGGUAAGGAGGAGUGUGGGGUGGUGCCUGGCAGGUGGAAUUCCAUUUGAUGCUUCGUGGUGAUGUGCAAAAAGUAAGGGCAGUUGGCUGUCUUGCAGAGAAUGCAGAGGUGGUUUGGGUACACGUAGAGCUGUCGACCCUUUCAGUUUAGAUCGUGUUUUAUCCAGAAGAACCAUCCCCUGGAAAUUGCUGGGAAAGGCUAACAGAGAAAACCCCCAGAAUUCUGCAUUUAACACACACAAAAAUGUUCCCAUAUGGCAUUCAUGCACUGAGUGAAGGUGUAAAUUGGGGAGAGGAGGGGUUCUGAGCAGAGCAGGAGGAGAGCUGCUCCUGCAGCUCCAGGCAGCAGAGACAGCAUCGUGUGACUCCAGUUCUUUGGGUGACCAGGAACCCGCGUUCUGUGUGACACACGAGCGUUUCUGUGCCUGCAGCCAGGCUUGCACAGAGAAAACCAGGCCAGAAAUCAUCCCUGUCUUGUUGGAUCUUGGGGAUCUGGAGGUGGAAAACCACAAGUGCCUUGUUUUUGUGCACUAAAGGAGCUGUAACCAAAGCAAGGUUAGAUAAGGUGCUGGACAGAGGGACCCAGGAUGGCAAAGGAGGUGCUGGAUCGGGUGUGAGACGCUGUUGUGGUGGGGUUGGGAGGAGGUGAACAGGUAGCAAGGGACAGGCAGCUUUGUAGUGCAGAGAAAAAUCCACAGCUCCGCUUCCCUGCUGAGCUUGUGGUGGCACAGAUCCGUGUCCUUGGGAUCGGGGAUGUCACUGGGAUGGGGCAGCCUCUGCCUGUCUGCAGGCUGCUGAAAAUCCUCUCCUGAGUGCCUGAUGAGUUUGGGGACCAAAGGGAAUAGCUUCAGAUACCAGGAAAGUCUGUCUGGAUGUUAUGUGCAUUCGUUUUAUCGUGUGCCUUGAUGAAAAUGAGACAGAGAGGUUUCCUUCUUUUCCCAGUUUUUUUUUCCCCUGUGUUGACAGAGCGCAGUGUGGAGAGCAUCUGCUUUGGGGAGUGUGGGCUGUGCUGGUUUUUGUGUGGUGUAGUCUCUCAGAAACACCUGACAGACCUGUCUUAGCUCUGGACACGGCUUUUCCGUGUAUUCCCAAACUCUUCCGAGGUGUGGGUGUGCAACACCAGUCCUGGAGCAGCUUUUCAAGAGGACUUUGCACAGCCCCAGGGGUGAGUUUUGUCAGUGGCCACCUCGGGAGCCUGUUCUUGAGCUGUGCUUAACGUGUGUUUAUGCAAGUGUGAUGGAUGGUGUGCAAGUGGAUCCCAGGGAACUGAAAGGAGCCGGGAGACGAAGAGUGCAGCAGGAAGGGAACCUUGGGUUUGUAUGGUUUGAGGGCUUUUAAUUGUUGUUGUUAGGGUUUUUUACUUAUUUAUUAGCUCAGAAAAGAACAUCCUUCACCUUUAGAACUUGCCUUGGAAAGGCAGCUCCUAAAACCAUCCCAGGACGAGAGAGGACACGGUCAGGCAGGCGGCACUCCGCAGUUAAGAACAUUUUGGUCUCGGGCUGCAAGACUGGGGAGAUGUGUCUCAACCAGAUGGUGCAAUUGUGCCCUGACUGCUGGCCCAGGAUGUCCUCGUGGUGUAACAGAAGGCUCAGCUCACCCACAGCCCCAGGGUUCACUCUCUCCUCUGUGGAUGGGGCUGCUGCACCCUCGCUGCCCACACCUCGCUCCUGAAGCGGCUGCUGCUGUUGGAGACGGGAUUUUGGGAGAACAUCACCCCGGAUUGCUCCCACAAACACUCCCCCAACGAAUCCACCCGGAACAGAUCUAAGAGGAGGUUGUUGUUUUAAGUUGUAGCCAUUAGUUGUUCCUAGUUAGAAGCGUAAUAACCCACAAAAUACCCCUCACGCUCCGGUUUUAGGAUAAAAGCACCUGAUUUUUAUAAAGCAAACUUAAUAUGUACCUCUUAAGAAUAUUUUAAUUGGUCUCUACCAAUACCUUUUAAAUUAUUUAUGUUCCAACAUUUGCAAAGCUCUGUGCAAGUGUUCUGGUGUCUGUGAUGUUUCCCACCCCUUCCUUCUGAUUUUCAAUUUGUCUUUUACUUUAUUGGUAAUAAAUGAUCUGAAAACCA